AUGAAAAAAGGUCCCUUGGGGAAAGACAAGAGAACACAAAUUGGGGAAAGACAAACAGGCAUAAAUGAUGUUUGUGACAAAGAAGCAAGAGCAAGAACAAUACCAUACAUUGCUCUUUUUUUUUACACAAAUGAAAUUGCUUUCAAUGUUGCAAGAUCAAAAAGCUUCAAGUUGAUGUUGGAAGCAGUUGGAAACUACGGUCUUCAUUUGAAACCUCCAAGCUAUCAUGAGUUGAGGGUUCCACUCCUUGAAAAAGAGUUGGAAUAUACAAAGGCUUUGUUGAAUGGUCAUCAAUUGCAUCGCGCAAAAUACGGAUGCUCAAUUAUGUCAGAUGGUUGGACGGAUAGAAAGAAUAGGACUUUGAUAAAUUUCUUGGUGAAUUCCACAGCAGGAACAAUGUUUGUGAAGAGUAUUGAUGCUUAUGCUUACAUGAAGACUGUGAUUAAGAUAUUUGAGCUAUUGGACAAUUUUGUUGAGGAGAUUGGUGAACAAAAUAUUGUGCAGGUGGUUACUGACAAUGGAAGUAAUUAUGUAUUGGCUGGUAAACUACUAACUGCCAAGAGACCACACUUGUUUUGGACUCCGUGUGCUGCACAUUGUCUAUACCUGAUGUUAGAAGAUAUUGGAAAGAUUGCUAAGGUUAAAAUGGUUAUUCAAAAAGGGAUUAGUCUUGUUGGCUUCAUUUAUAACCACACAUUGGCGUUGAACAUAAUGAGGAAGAACACUGGCAAUGUUGAAUUGGUUAGACAUGGAGUCACAAGAUUUGCUACCACAUUUCUUACUUUGCAAAGAUUGCAUAAACAAAAAACCAACCUUAGAACACAAUUGUCAGAAUAUAAGAUUGCUAAUGGUCUCUUUGGAUUGGGUGGAGCAAUAAGACAAAGGACAACAUUAGCUCCCGCUGAGUGGUGGAAGACUUAUGGAGCACAAACUCCACUUUUGCAAUUAUUGGCCAUUAAAGUGUUGAGUUUGACAUGCAGUUCUUCAGGAUGUGAGCGUAAUUGGAGUACUUUUGAGCAUAUUCAUUCCAAGAAGAGAAGUAGACUUGAGCAUAAGAGGUUGGAAGACUUGGUUUUCGUUAAGUAUAAUCAGGCUUUGAAAGAGCGAUAUGAUUGUCGUGAUGUGAUUGAUCCAAUCGUCUUGAAUGAUGAUAAUGAUUAUAUCAAUGAAUUUGAAGUGGGAGACUUGGGGGAUGAUGGUGAACCUGUUGAAGAAUUAGUUUAUGCUGGUGAUAAUCUAACUUGGACUGAUGUUGCCAAUGCAAGUGGGGCUAAUGAGCCGGUGGUCUACACUAGGCGGGCAGCAAAAGAAAAGGCAACUGCAAGUGCAUCUAGGGCAAUAGCACAAGAAACAAUAUCAAAAGAAGUGGUGGUAGAAGAAUAUGUUGAAGAAGUUGAACCUAUUUAUGUUGAAGAUGAUGAGGAGGAGGAGAACGAAGAAUAUAUUGAAGUUGAUGGGGAAGAUGAGGAGGAAGAAGAGGAAGAAGACUAUGUUGAAGAUGAUGAUGAUUUUUGAUUCCUAUAACAUGCAUUUUAGUUUUAAUAUUUUGUUAAUUUUAUUACUCUACUAUGUUGAAGAACAUGAUGAUAUAUGGUAUCUAAAUCUAUAUUUUGAUUAAGACUAUUUGGUAUCUAAAUGUAUGUUUUGAUUUA